ACUGUCCUGGCACCAGGUGACGCUGUGGACUCAUUGUCUUUUUUGUCGUUCUUGGGGCCUUCGGUUUGUUCUGCCAACAUAUCAGAUACGUUUCACAGGCUUCCAUCAAUAACCUCCUGGGGUCAUCAAGCCAAAUUUAUGACUGGCCAACAGAGUCACGUGAUUCUAUUUAAACAUCCCAUAUUUGGGCAGAGCACAUAGAAUAAAGAAAGAGGAAUCCCCAGCUAUAAAUUCUGCACUUUAGAGAACAAAACCCCUGAACUUCAAAGGGCCACAAAUCAAGCAUAAUCAAAGGGUGCAAAAAUAAUAAUAACAAUAAUCAGCUAUGAGUUCGUACGUAGCCAAUUCAUUCUAUAAGCAAAGUCAAAAUGUUCCUGCCUAUUCCAUGCAAAGUUAUGGGAAUUAUGGAUCUGUAUCCGAGGUCCCUUCAUCCAGGUAUUGCUACAGUGGGUUGGAUCUGAGUAUUACAUUCCCAUCUCCUGGUUCAUCUAACUCUCUGAACGGUCUGGACAUGCCUUCAAACCCAAAUUCCAACUCUGACCGACCUUCCUGUACAGUAAUGGGCUCUUCGGGGCAUACUCUGGGCAGAGGAGAACAGAGUACUCUAAGCCCUGGGAUUUACAAUCAGAAAACUGGGAGUACAUCGCUGGAGGACAGAUCUAAAGGACUUGAGAACAUCAAAGCAGAGCCGGUACAAUCUACCCCACAAGGAGGGCAGCAGCAACAGCCACCACAGCAGCAGCAGCAGCCACCACAAAUAUAUCCUUGGAUGACCAAACUACACAUGAGCCAUGAAACAGACGGAAAACGUUCCAGGACAAGCUACACUCGCUACCAGACUCUAGAAUUAGAGAAAGAAUUCCAUUUUAACAGAUACCUGACUCGCCGGAGGCGCAUAGAAAUAGCGAACAACCUCUGUCUUAACGAGAGGCAAAUCAAGAUUUGGUUUCAGAACCGAAGGAUGAAGUGGAAAAAAGAUUCUAAAGUGAAAAAUAAAGACUCCUUGUAAAGAGGCCAUGUCUUACGAAGAACAAAUUCAGUCUAAGUUUUAGUACACCUACCUACUGAAACUUUUUUUUUCAUCUUUUAUGAGGGGGAUCAGGAAAUUUUGAAAUGAUUACAGGGAAUCUGAGUCAUUUCUAAGCAUCUCUGUAUAACAUAUGACAACCCUCAUAAGGUUUUUCAAAAUAAUAUAGUGUAUAGAUCAGUCCGUUGUCCAUUUAGUGUCCUAUUUUGACAAUUUAUUGUAUAGGUAAAAUGUGGAUAAAUGUAUAGGGAGCACCCUGCUUAGUAUAUGUAUCAGCCCCAUUGUAGUAGAGUUGCGAUCUAUGCAGGGUCAAAGAAAGUUCUUGGGCAAAAAAAAAAAAAAAAUGCUAAUUGAGGUUCUAGGUUGAAAAGGACAGGGAAAGUAUGGCUGUAUUAUAUUGUGCUUAUUAGAAUCAAGAGUCAUAAAGUUGCUUGAACGGUUAGAUGAGGAAAGUAAGGGAAAAAAUAUAAAAUGAUUUCAAAAUUGAGAUUUUUGAUUUGUUUGAUAAAAAUGCACAUAGGAUGUGCAACCCAUCAUUAAUUAGUCCCAUGCACUUGUAUAGUGUUUUUAAACAUACAAUGACUUUGCAUCUUAAUAGAAAAUGUUUAUGUUUAAAAUUCAUCUUAGGUACUUAACGUACCCACCUUGAAAACUCUUAAGUUAACUCCAUCCAGACACUUGGAUAUACUUUCUUUAAAAAAAAAAAAAGUGUUUGUGCAAUAUUUUGGCAUGAUGGAGAAAAAAGGGGAAAAAUAGAAAAAAAAGCAAAACUUUAAUGUGUAAUUUAUUUUUAUUUUUUGGCGUAAUUAAUGCUGAAAAUGUAUAAAGCCAAUUUGUACGUCAUCGUUUUAAUAUAAUCAUUUAUAGUCAGUUUUAUUCGAUACUGUACUUCAUAUAUUUAUUGGUUGCAAUUUCAUAUGUGAGAAUUCAUGAAACCUAUAUUUUGUCAUAUUGAAUAAACAGCAAGUACUAUAACAAGUAAAA